UUCCCAGCUUAGUACAAUUAAACAGUUGAAUGCUGUGUACAUUUUCUGAAUCAGAAUUUAUCAAGUAUUCAAGACGUAUGAUGCAAUGAUAAUGCAAUUUUCACGAUAUAAAAGAAUUUACCACAAUUGAGUGAACUAAACAAAUUUUUUAGACAAAAAUGUUUACUUUUGUGGGCCUUGUAAUCACCCUUUUGGCCACGUUAUUCGCCUACUUYCAAUGGACGUACAACUACUGGAAAAGACGAAACCUCCAAUACCUCGAACCCAAAAUCCCCUUCGGAAACUCGGGUAAUCCCUUCAAACGCAAGGAAAACUCCGGUUUUCGCUUCAAACGCUUCUACGACGAAAUGAAAUCAAAGGGGUGGAAACACGGGGGGUUGUACUCAAUCCUCAACCCGAUUUACGUGGUCACAGACUUGGACUACAUCAAAAAUAUAAUGACCAAAGACUUUCAAUAUUUCACAGAUCGUGGAGUUUACUUCAACGAGAAGGAUGAUCCUCUUAGUGCCCAUUUGUUUGCCAUUGAGGGGCCCAAAUGGCGCCAUUUGAGGACUAAAAUAUCCCCGACUUUCACCUCCGGGAAGAUGAAACAAAUGUUUCAGACUUUGGUCGACUGUGUUCCUCAAUUGUUGCAACAAAUUGAGGAAAAAAGCCCAGUUGAUAUCAAAGAAGUUUUAGGGUGUUUCACCACUGAUAUAAUCGGAUCGUGUGCGUUUGGACUUGAAUGUAAGACUUUUGAGGAGGAAAACUCCCCGUUUAGGGAGUUUGGGCGAAAAUUCUUCCACGUGUCAAAACUAGAUAUUGCAAAAUUUCUUUUCUCGGGGAAUUUUCCCACUUUGGCACGACUUCUAGGUGUCACAAUAACGUCAAAAGACGUUUCAAAUUUCUUCAUGAAAGUUGUCAAAGACACAGUAAAAUACCGGGAAAAAAACCAUUUGGUCCGUAAAGAUUUUAUGCAACUCCUCAUCGACUUAAGAAAUAGUGAAACAGAGGAAAAAGUCUUAACCAUUGAAGAAAUCGCGGCUCAAUGCUUCGUUUUCUUCAUCGCGGGUUUUGAAACAUCUUCAACCACAAUGACUUUUGCUCUCUAUGAACUGGCAAAAAGUCCAGAUUUGCAGGAAAAAGUCCGGAAUGAAAUUGGGACAGUUUUGGCCAAACAUGGAAAAAUCACUUAUGACGCCAUUCAAGACUUGAAGUUUAUGGACCAAGUGAUUGAGGAGACCUUGAGGAUGUACCCCCCGGUCCCCCUCCUCACGCGAAAGUGUGUCAAGGAUUACAAAAUCCCAGAACAGGACGUAAUCAUCGAAAAGGGGAYUAGAGUCUUCAUCCCAAUCCUUGGCAUUCACUACGACCCGGAGUUUUACCCAAAUCCGGACCAAUUCGACCCGGAGCGGUUCAAUGAACGGUUGAAGAACACAAGGCAUGGGUAUGCCCAUUUGCCUUUUGGCGAGGGACCCAGAAUUUGCAUCGGAAUGCGGUUUGGGUUAAUGCAAACCAAGGUUGGCCUCACUGCUUUAUUGAAAAAUUACCGAUUUUCGGUCAGUGACCAGACCCAARCACCUUUGAAGAUGAAAACCAGUUCGUUUAUUUUGGCRGCGGAGGGUGAUGUCUGGUUGAAUGCCCAAAAAAUUUGAUCAAUUUCUAAUGUAGUUAAAAAUAAACAAUUUUACUCGUG